CCUAAAUCCUGCGAAUGAAGAAGAAGGGCGGCGUCGGCGGCGGCGAUGGCAGUCGCAAGGGAAAUGAAGAUAAGCGAGGAAGGUUGAGGGGAGCUGAGAGAUCAGCGUACUUCGCAAGGAGAGAGGCAGCGAAAGUGUUGAGAGUGGUUCUUGAAGGAGACGCAAAGCGACGUGCCCUUGCCUCUAUCAAAUCCCUUAUCUAUCAACCUUCUAUUAGAAACAAGAAAGCCACCUUUGCUCUCCUUUGUCAAACCCUCAAACAUCUUCCCAUUAUCAAGGAUGUCUUGGAAUCUGCUUCUAUUCUCAACACCAAGUGGAAGAGACAACAAGAGUUGAUUUACAUCAUUGUCUAUGAUAUCCUUUUUGGCCAGGAAGUUUCACUAGUUGGUGAUGCUGAGAAGUACCUCAUGCGCCGCAAAGACGCCCUACGUUCAACUCUUAAACAGAUUUUGUUACAGAGAAAUGUGAAGAACGUUAAACAGUUGAUUGCUCUGCAUGAUGUUCCUGAUGUUUCUGUACCUCGUUAUGUUCGUGUGAAUACACUUAAACUGGAUGUUGAUACUGCCUUACUUGAACUUCAGGAAAAAUACUCGGUUCAAAAAGAUGAUUUACUGCCUGACUUGCUGAUACUCCCACCAGGCACUGAUUUACAUGAUCAUCCUCUUGUCAAGAAUGGAAGUAUCUUUAUGCAAGGCAAGGCGAGUUCCAUGGUGGCACCAGCCCUUAGCCCUGAACCAGGAUGGGAGGUUCUUGAUGCAUGUGCGGCACCAGGAAACAAAACUGUCCACCUUGCUGCCCUUAUGAAGAGAAAGGGUAGGAUUAUUGCAUGUGAGCUGCAAAAAGAAAGGAUCAAGCGUUUGAAAGACACUAUAAAACUAUCUGGUGCUUCUAACAUACAAGUUCUCAAUGAGGAUUUCUUAAACAUAAGUCCCAAGGAUCCCUCAUAUUCUAAGGUGAAAGCUAUUCUUUUGGAUCCUUCCUGCUCUGGUUCUGGUACUGCUGCUUCAAGAUUAGACCAUCUGCUCCCUUCUACAGCAGCAGGUCAGGAUACUGAUAUGGAAAGGUUGAACAAGCUUGCGGCCUUUCAAAGAAAGGCUCUCCAGCAUGCUUUACUUUUUCCAGCAGUUGAAAGAAUUGUAUAUAGCACGUGUUCAAUCAACCAAAUUGAGAAUGAAGAUGUCAUCAUAUCUGUUCUGCCCAUAGCCGAAUCACAUGGAUUUCAACUCGCAAAGCCCUUCCCCGAGUGGCAGUGCCGCGGUCUUCCGGUGUUUGAAGGCUCUGAACACCUGGUUCGGACAGAUCCUGCCAAGGAUGGCGAGGGUUUCUUCAUUGCUUUGUUUAACAGGAAAGAAGCUAGCCUUCCGGGCAGGUCAAAUAAAAAUGAAACUGGAAUCCCCCACAGAUCUAUCAGAACUAGAAACGUGCAAAGAAAGAAACCUAUUCUCCCUUUUAUUUGCACUAACCCGUUCAGAAUGUGGUUACAUAAUCAACUGAACCGUGGUAUAAUAGCUAAGUCCCGUGGUGGUCGAAAUUGGAGGGAUAAAAGAGCUGGCUGAGGCAUAAAAUUAUUUUUGCUUUUUGGAUGUCAAUGUAACACAUUUAGAAAACAGAUUAAAGUGGUUUUGUAUCCAGCACUUUUUACAUUUUUCCCGUGUUUUAAAAAUUGAAUAGGGAAAAUUAUUUUCAUGAUAUUCGCUCGCUCAAAUUCUUUCGUUCGUUGGAUAUUAAGAAUGAUAAUGCGUUUCGGAUUGUUUGGGCUAAAAAUGCGAUGAUUCAUAAUUUGUGACUAGCAAAAGAGAGGCACAUAGCCAACUAUGGACAAAGAUUGAAAGAAAGCACUCAAUAGACCUCAAAAGUAACUAGAAAUGCCUGUCAACAAUCUCUGUCGUACAUUUUCGCUUUCAACAAAACAUCAUUCUGCGGAGCUGGGA